AUGGCCACCGCCUGCCGCCUCGCCGCGCCGCUCGGCCUCGCCCCAUUGCCCCGCGGCCGCGCCUCUGCCGGCGUCGUGGCCGUCGCCCAGUGCGGCUCCAAGAUCCCGAGAGGCGGCGUUGCUAUCAGAGCGACGUCCGGCGGCGAGGGCGCCACGGAGGAGGUGCCGGAGAUCGUCAAGGCUGCGCAGGACGCGUGGGACAAAGUUGAGGACAAGUACGCCGUGGCCACCAUCGGUGUCGCCGCCAUCGUCGCGCUCUGGACGGUAGUAGGUGCCAUCAAGGCCAUUGACAAGCUUCCUCUUCUGCCUGGUGUCCUUGAGAUAGUUGGAAUUGGCUAUACAGGGUGGUUCACAUACCGUAACCUCAUCUUCCAGCCAGACAGGGAAGCUCUGAUCGGCAAAAUCAAGAGCACUUACAAAGAAAUCACCGGGAGCAGCAGCUGA